UGUGGCUGGUGUGAUCCGCACUAACCUUGACGGGAUGCUCUCCAAUCACCAGUAAACACCAUCCAGCACCAAGCUUCAAAGACAUUCCAACCUCCACUAACUGUAACUAUAAGCCACUUAAUCCACUUAAUCCAGGUGCUCAAGCUGUCGCAUAUGUUGAGCGGCAACAUAGCUGCUGCCAAUUGAGUGAGCAUUGGACCUCACAACGAACAAGUUCACACCUGUCCGUCGAAUAACAUGGCACCGGUCCUUCGAGCAAGACAGAGCUUAUCAAAGGAUAAGUUCUCUAGUUACUUUGGCAACCUCAGAAGUCAGCCCUACAACGACCCCAAUAACUCGCGGGGCUCGAAUCCCCAUAGCUUGCGAUGCAUCGCGUGGAAUCCGCUCGGGACUCUAGUAGCAACGGGGUCGUCAGAGAAAACCCUCAGAGUGUGGAACCCUGAAAAGCCUCAUGUGAAGUUUUCAACGGAGCUCAAGGGCCACUCGGCAUCUGUUGAGAAGGUCGCAUUCAACCCAACAAAAGAUGCAGAGCUUUGCAGUGUGAGCAGUGACGGCGUGGUCAAGUUCUGGGACGUGAGGACAAAAGCAUGCUUCAAUGAGGUCAAAGGACUUGGGGACGCUUUUACUCUUGUCUGGGCACCAGAUGGAAACACGCUUCUCGUUGGGAACAAGGCAGAUACCAUCUUCGUUCUGUCGCCAUCUCAGUCGACGCCUCUCAGCACGCAUCAGCAGUCCGUUCAGACCAACCAGAUCGCAUUCUGCUGGAGCGGUGAGAAGAUCUUCCUCACGACAGCUGAAGGACGUAUCCGAGUCUUGUCGUACCCUGGAUUUGAACCUGUAUUACAGAGCAAACAUGGAGAAGAGACGGGCGAGUUUGAGCUCAAUGGACAUACUUCUUCGUGUCUGACUGCUGAUCUACAGCCUACGGGGCGGUAUCUGGCGACGGGAGGCUCAGACUCAAUUAUUGCAUUGUGGGAUACAACAGACUGGAUCUGCCAGCGAACAAUUACGAGGAUGGUCGGGCCAGUGAAGAGCCUCAGUGCGUUCCUUUGAUAUCGAUUUAUAGUGGAUUCGCUAACCUUUUUGACUUCAGGCUUUACGUUUGAUGGUAGUUUUGUUGUCGGUGGAAGUGAUGAAGGAUCUGGCCUGGAAGUAUCGCAUGUCGAGACGGGAGAGCAUGUCCACACGUUCAAGACAGCGGGUGCUUGCCCAGUAGUUGCUUGGGCUCCAACACGGUAUUGCCUUGCAUAUAGUGAUUUGGGCAUUUUGCGGAUCGUGGGCGUCGAUGUUGAUAGGAAAUAAGACAUAUAACCCCUUAGUCACGUUUAAGUAAAUAAUAUGAGUGUCUAUAGCGGCCCUUGGAAGCCCUCACUUCUGCAAAAGCAAUUGGUACUGUAUAGAAUAUUUCGUCGUCAGCAUGCAACCCGUCAUAG